CACUUUGGUAAUCUAAUAGUAAAGACCCCUAAGUGUUCUAAAGACCUAGUCUUGAUUGGGCAAAUGGAAGGAAAGGUGGUUUAAACCGCUGUGGGGAAGAGAAAAGAGGAUUGGGGGAGUCGGAGACAAAAGUAGUUUAGAAUAAAAAAGGAAGUUUAAUUCUUUUCUCAAGAUGCAUUAUUAAGGAAGUCACAGAAAAUGAGGAAGCGAGGAGGAUUGGUGCCUUGCUAGUCCGGAGCACAAAGUGACGAAGAGUUGAGGGGGUCCGGAUACUGCAGAAGGUAGUUGCGGUAGCCGGCCCAGUUUCUCUGUCUUCGGCUUCUGGUUUGAGAAUUUAGUCUCCUCAGUUCACCGGGUGAGAAAGGCUACCACUGCCCGGAAACCGAGCGUGGAGGAGCAGCUAAGCCGUAAGCCACAGGACAAUUCGAACUUUGAGCCUGAAAACUAAUAUCUUCGUGAACCAAUUUUACUUCUUGUCUCCCUCGGUCACCCUAGAGAACAUCAAAUUAGCCGUGGGAAGCUUUGCCUCUACUUUCCUCUCAGUUGAGCAAGCUCUCCUCCCAUUGUUUCUCCACCUACAGUCAGGUAUAGGAAAAGUGCUUUUGGCCUAGAAAGCGGCUAUGGCAGUCAGCAUGAUUGAUAGUGCAAACCACUUACUCUUUUUCUUUGGCAACAUCACCCGUGAAGAAGCAGAAGAUUAUCUUGUUCAGGGGGGAAUGAGUGAUGGACUUUAUCUACUUCGCCAGAGUCGCAACUACCUGGGUGGCUUUGCAUUAUCUGUGGCUUUUGGAAGGAAAGCUCAUCAUUACACCAUUGAGAGGGAGCUGAAUGGGACAUAUGCCAUUGCUGGAGGGAGGACCCACACAAGCCCUGCUGAACUCUGCAUUUAUCAUUCUCGAGAGUCUGAUGGCCUGGUCUGUCUUCUGAAAAAACCUUUUAAUAGGCCACCUGGAGUAGAACCUAAGACUGGUCCAUUUGAAGAUUUGAAGGAAAACCUCAUCAGAGAAUAUGUAAAACAGACAUGGAACUUGCAGGGUCAAGCUCUUGAACAAGCUAUUAUUAGUCAAAAACCACAGUUGGAGAAGUUGAUUGCUACCACUGCUCAUGAGAAGAUGCCAUGGUUCCAUGGGAAAAUCUCUCGACAUGAGUCUGAACAGAUUGUCUUAAUUGGGUCAAAAACAAAUGGAAAAUUUUUAAUCCGUGCAAGAGACAACAAUGGAUCAUAUGCUCUCUGUUUACUCCAUGAAGGAAAAGUUCUACAUUAUCGCAUUGAUAAAGAUAAAACAGGAAAACUUUCUAUCCCUGAUGGAAAAAAGUUUGAUACCCUUUGGCAGCUGGUUGAGCAUUAUUCCUAUAAACCAGAUGGACUCUUACGGGUUCUUACAGUUCCAUGUCGGAAAAUUGGCUCAGAAAAUGGUAAUAUUGAUUUUGGGAUGUCUCGACCACCUCUUCCAUCCCCUCAUCCUAAGAGUUGGUCAACGGGUGGAUUUAUCUCAAGAAUCAAAUCAUACUCCUUCCCAAAGGCUGGCAAUAAAAAGUCACAUCCUUCCAAUGUUAACCGGGCAGAGAGUAUAGUAGAACUUAAUCCUUAUGUGCUACAGAGGACAGAUGGUACCACUUUGGGAGCUGAAAUAGACAUGCAGAGGGAAGCCUUACCAAUGGACACCGCGGUCUAUGAAAGUCCCUAUGCUGAUCCAGAAGAAAUCAGACCCAAAGAAGUACGUCUGGACAGAGCAUUGCUAGCUUUGGAAGAAGGAGAGCUUGGCUCUGGUAACUUUGGCACUGUUAAAAGGGGUCGGUAUAGGAUGAAAAAAGGUGAAAAAUUAGUGGCUGUAAAGAUCCUCAAAAAUGAGACCAAUGACCCUGCAAUUAAAGAUGAGUUAUUAAGAGAGGCAAAUGUCAUGCAACAGCUAGACAAUCCUUACAUUGUCCGAAUGAUUGGCAUAUGUGAAGCUGAAUCCUGGAUGUUAGUCAUGGAGAUGGCUGAACUUGGUCCACUCAAUAAAUAUCUGCAGAAAAACAGGCAUGUCAAGGAUAAGAAUAUCAUAGAGCUGGUUCACCAAGUUUCUAUGGGGAUGAAAUAUUUGGAGGAAAACAAUUUUGUACACAGGGAUCUGGCUGCAAGGAAUGUCUUACUAGUUACCCAACAUUAUGCCAAAAUCAGCGAUUUUGGACUUUCAAAAGCACUUAAUGCUGAUGAAAAUUAUUACAAGGCACAAACUCAUGGAAAGUGGCCAGUCAAGUGGUAUGCUCCGGAAUGUAUCAAUUACUACAAAUUCUCUAGUAAGAGUGAUGUUUGGAGCUUUGGAGUACUAAUGUGGGAAGCAUUUUCCUAUGGACAGAAGCCUUAUAAAGGAAUGAAAGGAAGUGAAGUUUCAGCAAUGCUAGAAAAAGGAGAGCGGAUGGAAUGUCCUACAGGUUGUCCAAGUGAAAUUUAUGAUCUAAUGAAACUAUGUUGGACAUACGAGGUUGAAAAUAGACCUGCAUUUUCAGCUGUUGAAUUACGACUACGCAAUUACUACUAUGAUGUUGUUCAUUAACAGAUCCAGAACCUCAAUUCUUAUUUCCUUUAGAAGGAAUCAUAGAAACCCUGCAGCAGACAAGCUAUAAAAGAAAUUGUCAUAGUCUUAAAUGAAUUUAACUUAGAACAUUUUAUUGAUAAUGCUAAAGCUACCAUUCAGUAUUGCAAGAUUGAAGAACAAAAUUGCCUGUGUAAUAACUGUUGUUAUAAUUCCCUUUGCUUACAUUCAACACAGGUUUUGUCCAAAUAUAUAUACUUUACAAAAUAAACAUGGAUACCCAAUUACAUUGAAGGGGGGGGGGAAGAAAAGCAGAAGAAAGAGACAAGACAGAGAGAGAGACAGAGAGAGACAGAGACGCAGAGAAAGGGAUGGCAGGCAGAUGAGAUGGCAGGACAGAAAAAGUAGUAGAGUAUGGAAGAGGACAAUAGGAUAAAAGGAAUCUGCUAGAAUAAUUUUAUUGUUUUCAUAACAAUCUUUAAAAUAUAUUUUAAUUUCUUUUAUGUUUUAACUGCUCUCUGCCCCCUAUGUAUGCAUUUGAAUGUUUAAUAGCCUAAAUGAAUUAUAACAAAUAUUUUCUGAUAUAGACUCUCAUUGAAGAAUUAUUCAGAAUUGGAUAAUAUGAGAAAAAAUGGAAUAGGACACAGAGGAAUGGAAUAGAAUAAGACAGAAGGAGGAAAAAGAGUGAGGGAAAAAGGUAAUAGGAUCUUGAUGAGUCUCAAAUUUUACAUUGUAAAAUAUUCCCUGAGAGUAAAAGUGCAUUUUCCUGUGAAGAUUGUAUUAAUAUGUUGGCUUGAAUGGGAUAGAGAUAUUUUAUAUUUACUUUUGCUUUGUUAGAUGAAAUAGAAGACAUGCCAAUGAGAAAAAAAUAUGAAAAUCAUGUUUUGUUUUUAAUAAAUGAAUUGCUUUUAUUACCUUAGUCCUUCUGUUACAAGCCAUGGUGAAAUGCAUUUUUGCAGAUGAAAGAUUAAGCACAUUUUAUAGAAUAGAUACCUUAAGAAAGGCAUAGUAGAUAUAGUCCUUGACUGAAACUAAUAAAACAUUUUUUUACUCUUUUGAUUUGGCAGAAAACUAUUCCAUGUCUACUUGCUCUACCUUCUUUCAGUUGUCAUAAAUAUGUUAUGGCUGUCACUGUUAACUGGAAUAAAGCAUGAAGAUCUGAA